CUGGUUCCAGUUGGUGAAGUUUGCUGGGCGCUGUAUUGUGGUUUUCAUAACUAGAUCUGAAUAAAGCUUUUCAAAAUGGCAGGAAAAGCAGUGUUAUAUUACUUCAACGGACGAGGCAAAAUGGAGUCUAUACGAUGGCUUUUGGCUGUUGCUGGUGUUGAGUUUGAAGAGGUCCAUAUUACCACUAAGGAACAAUUCCAGAAGCUGGUGGAUGACGGAGCUCUCAUGUUCCAUCAGGUUCCAAUGGUUGAAAUGGAUGGAAUGAAGCUUGUUCAGACAAAGGCUAUUUUGAAUUACAUAGCCGGAAAAUACAAGCUCUAUGGAAAGGAUCUGAAAGAGCGUCUUAUGAUUGAUACAUACGCUGAAGGCGCUGGAGACAUUAUGGUCAUGAUCAUGAUGCUGCCCUUUACACCACCAGACAAAAAACAGAGUCAGCUGGAGAAAAUCGAGUGCAAAGUCAAAGAACGCAGUUUUCCUGCUUUUGAAAAGGCCCUUGCAAGCUCCAAGUACCUUGUGGGAGACCAGCUGAGCUGUGCAGAUGUGCAUCUUCUGGAGACCACUUUGAUGUUGGAGGAGUUAUUUCCCACAAUACUUGCCACUUUUCCUAAAAUCCAAGAAUUCCAAAAAAGGAUGAAGGAAAUUCCAGCAAUCAGCAAAUUCUUGCAGCCUGGUAGUCAGAGAAAGCCUCAGCCAGGUGAAGUGUAUGUCAAAACUGUGAUGAAUGUAUUGAGUCAUCUUUUCCCAUAAUAUAUUAAUGAUCAGUCACAUAUCACUCCUGCAUGUACCUUAUGUACAAUGGUGAUUAUAUAAAGCUUCCUAUUCAUCA